GUCACCUCCGCUUCUGGAAACCAUUGAGAGAUUCCCAAUCGCCUGCGCAGGUGAAGGUCAACAACGUGUGUUAUCUGCUUCGUUUGAAAGGUUGUUUUGGGUUUCGUGAGUUCGACAUGAAAAUGGAUAAUCAAGGAGCUGCAGCGGAUCCUCAGCUUCAGCAGUUUAUAGAAGUAGAAUCACAGAAACAAAGGUUUCAACAGCUCGUGCACCAGAUGACAGAAAUGUGCUGGGAUAAAUGUAUGGAUAAGCCUGGGCCUAAGUUGGACUCCAGGACAGAAACCUGCUUUGUGAAUUGUGUUGAACGAUUCAUCGAUACAAGUCAAUUCAUCCUAAACAGACUGGAUCAGACCCAGAGGAGUCGAAGCUCCUUCUCAGAGACCUUGUCUGACUAGCCCAGCUGGCCCAGAAAAUGGACACGAGAUCAAUGCAGACUCCCGUCGAGCACUGAACUGCAGCAGUUGAGUUGUUGCUAAGGUGCCGGGGGGGCAAGAGGGAAAUAAAAGCAAUAUUUGAUCUUCUAGUGCCUCUUCCCCUCCUUCAGAAGGAGCCUUCCUUACGAGCCCUUCUUGGUCGUUACUUUCCCCUCUGCCGCAUAUGCCUCUCUCGUUAUAGGGAGCCGGUUAUUGCUGAUUGGGGAAGGGAAAUAUCCAUCGUCUGUACUGGAGAAACACUGUCAGACGAACAUCAGGCUGCAGUCGCCUCUGCAUGCCACAGGAUCUAGAUACGUACAAAGCCAAGAACAAGCUAAGCGGCCAUAAAUGCUGUUUGUUCAACUGCAAAUCUGAAUUGAUAAUGGAAAAAUACAGAAAAGCCAAUUUCCUGUC